AUGGGUGAUGUCUCUGCGAGAAAAUUGGGCAGUAAUGAUGGAGAUGAUGAAGACUUGGUCUCUAAAAACCAUAAUAAAAUCACACCUUAUUUGAGAAUAGAAGAACUGGAUUUUACACCUGCUUGCGAAAUAAAAAGUCGAGAAGCUAUUUCUGCUAUACAUCGUGCCAAGACUCAAAUUUGUAAACAGCAAAUUGUGAACAAGACUUGUCAUAUACAAAAUGGUGAUUUUUAUCCUAAAAAAUUACCAAAUUACUGCAUUUCGAAGAAAAGGACUUACGGUCGAAAUCUAGGAUGUUACUUAGAUGAAAAAAAAUUAAGAUUACUCUCCAGUUUCUAUGGAAACUAUGCUAAUCAUAAUUCCCCUAAGUUUUGUUUAGAUAUUUGUGUACAAGCUGGAUUCCCUUUUGCAGGAGUUCAAUAUGCCUCUGAAUGUUUCUGUGGUGAUGUUGAACCACCAUUGACUUCAAAAACUUAUAAUGAAUCUUGUGAUAUGAAAUGUCCAGCUGAUAACACAAAAAAUUGUGGAGGCUAUUUUACAAUGAACAUAUAUGAAACAGGCUUAGAUAAGUUUGUUCCACAAUUGCCUACAGGGUCCCUUGGUGAAGAAACUUCAGUCGGAAUAGUAUUUCUUUUAACAUUAAAUGGAAGGGCAUUGCGUCAAGUCCACAGAUUAAUUAAUGCUCUUUAUAGAACUAAUCAUUAUUUUUACAUACAUGUUGAUCAAAGACAGGAUUACUUGCAUAGAGAAUUAUUAAAAUUAGAAAACAAUUUUCCAAACAUUAAGUUAGCUUCAAAAAGAUUUUCAACCAUAUGGGGUGGAGCAUCCCUUCUCACUAUGCUGCUGUCAUCAAUGAGUGAAAUAUUAACAUUAGGCUGGAAGUGGGAUUAUGUUAUCAAUUUAAGCGAAAGUGAUUUUCCAAUUAAAUCAUUAGAAGAAUUAGAGAAAUUUCUAUCUGCAAAUAAGGAUUUUAAUUUUGUUAAAUCUCAUGGGCGGGAGGCACAAAGAUUUAUUAAGAAACAGGGUCUUGACAAAACUUUUAUUGAGUGUGAGACACACAUGUGGAGAGUUGGUGAAAGAAAAUUACCUCAAGGUAUUGUUAUAGAUGGAGGGAGUGAUUGGAUUGCUCUCUCACCAAAAUUUGUUUCUUAUGUUAUUGAAAAAAAAGAUGAACUGUUAGCAGGCCUAGAAGUUAUAUUUCAACACACCUUGUUACCUGCAGAAUCUUAUUUCCAUACUGUAUUAAGAAAUUCAAAAUUUUGUAAUACAUACGUAGAUAAUAAUUUACAUGUCACAAAUUGGAAACGUAAAUUAGGUUGUAAGUGUCAAUAUAAACAUGUUGUAGAUUGGUGUGGUUGUUCACCAAAUGAUUUUAAAACUGAAGACUGGCCAAGAAUACAAAAUACUAAAAGUAGACAACUAUUCUUUGCAAGAAAAUUUGAGCCAAUCAUUAAUCAAGAAAUUAUUACUAGAGUAGAACAAUAUAUAGGCAUUACAGAUCAUUAUUUAAUACCAAAUUUAGAAGCAUAUUGGCAAAACCUCUAUGAUAUUAAUGACUUAACAGCCAGUACUGAUGAUAUACUCUUGACACAUGCAGGAAGUAUUACACGUCUUAAUGCAAAAAUAUUAAGUGAAGAAAAUUGUCAUAUAAAAAUAAGUGAAGUAAUAGCUAUAAAUAUUUAUAAAUAUGCAGACAUUUACAAGGGAAACUUGAUAUUACACAAAGCUUUAAUACAAGACAAAGAAGUACUUUUAGAAACGUGGUAUAAGCCAAAACAAUAUCUAGAUCUAAAUUUUGAAAAUCAAAAUGAUUACAUUAAAAUAUUUAAAGUAAGUUCAGAUUAUGAUCAGAAAGAAAUGAUGUUCAGAAAUUUAGGUAACAUAUUAGGUCCACUAUCAGAACCAGUUCUAUUGUACCAAUUUUCUGCACACAUUGACAAGGUGUUUGGUAAUUUAACAAUACUUUGGCUGGACCCAUCUGGUAGUGUAGCAGAUGUUAAUACUAUCCAAAGGGAUGAAAAUAAUUUGACAAAUUUUAUCAAACCCAAUAUUAAACAACCUUUACUGCCUGGUGUUUGGAAGGUUGGCUUAUUUGAUCAAACAAAUACUAUUGCAAUGACUAAAUUUUUAAUAAGUCCUUUUGAGUAUUUUUCUGGCAAAGAAAUAACCCAACAAGAAGCUAAUUUAAUUCAUCAUGGGUCGAAAAAUUCUUAUAAAAAUCAAAGUUAUCUAAAGCCUAGAAACUUUUUGCCUAACCAGGAAGAUAAGAUAUUACUAACAGAAAUAUCAAAUUCAAAUAUCAAGAGAAUCAAUGGAGAUUUAAUAGAUUGGAUUGAUAAUUUAAGUAUAGAUUUUUACAAUGUUUUAGGUUCAUGUAUUUUAUAUCCUGAUAAAGAUCUUAUAGAAAAAGCAUCUUGUGGUAAUUAUAAAUUUCAAAAAUGUAUACUAACAGAAUGGAGUACUCAUUCACCAGAUCCAAAAGGUUCUGUAGGCAUAUUAGAUAAAAAAUCAGGAAGAUUAAAAAGAACA